AUGUCGUUCACUAGAUUUACCAACUGUCAUUUAAUCGAUAGGGGUGAGUUGUAUGAGUUUACUGAUUUAUAUGUCAACAACGCCACCAAAAGGAUAUGUCAUCCUCCAGCAGAUCCCGAGUUAGUUAGUGAGGUUAUUGAUUUGAAGCAGCAAAUAUUGGCUCCUGGGUAUAUUGAUAUUCAGAAUAAUGGUAUUUAUGGGUUGAAUUUUUCCAAUCUUGGUGAGGAGUCUACGGCAGAGGAUAUUGCUGAGUUUAAGCGUUUCUAUAAAGAUGCAAUGGCCAAGUAUUUGAGUACUGGUGUCACGGCCACAUGUCCUACUGUCACUUCCAACUUUCCCGAAGUGUACGCCAAGGUGUUGCCGUUGUAUAAGAAGAGUGUAUUGAGUGAUCAAACAGAUUCGCUUGGGGCACAUGUUGAGGGCCCGUUUAUCAAUGUCCAAAAGAAAGGGUGUCAUCCUGUUGAGACAUUUGUUGAUGCCAAGGAGGGAGAAUGCAAGUUGUUGGAAGUUUAUGGCGACUUGUUUGAUAAUGUGUGUAUUGUUACUGCUGCUCCUGAGAUUGCUGGUGUUUUAGAUUUGAUUAGUGUUGUCAAAGCCAAGAACUGUGUGUUUUCUAUUGGUCACACCAUGUCGGAUUAUCGUACUGCUGUCAAGGCGGUUGAGAAUGGGGCUACAAUGAUUACACACUUGUACAAUGCGAUGCCACAGCCCCAUCAUCGUAAUGCUGGGGUGGUUGGCUUGAUUAAUUCACCUAUUGUUGAGACGCCAUACUUUGGGUUAAUCUGUGAUGGUGUGCAUGUUGACCCGUCGAUGGCCAACUUUGCUUAUAGGUCGAAUCCUGGCAAGUGUGUUUUAGUGACUGAUGCUAUGCAUUUGAUCGGGUUGCCUGAUGGCCACUACAAGUGGGACUCGCAAGUUAUUGUAAAGACUGGCGAUCGGUUGUAUUUGGAAAAUACCGAUACGCUAGCUGGAGCUGCUACUACUUUACCGCAGUGUGUGCGUAACCUAGUCAAGUGGUCUAAGGUCAGCUUGCCGCAAGCGGUUAUGACGGUUACUAAUAAUGCUGCCAAGUCGAUUGGGGUUGAUAAGGAGCGUGGGUUUUUGAAUGUUGGCUGUUUUGCUGAUUUUGUUGUUUUAGACAAGAGUGGGUAUGUUCGGAAAGUCUACAAGUUAGGACGUGAAGUCCAGUCGUCGGAUAUACCUUUAGAUAGAGCUACUGAUAAAUUAAAUGCAGUUUUAUAG